AUGUCUGACUCUAUGAGAAAGGAUUUUUCCGACAAAGCCGCUGAAGCCGUCAAGCCAGACAGCCAAAAGUCUACCUUCGAACAAGGUAAGGAAUUCGUCACUGACAAGGCCGACAAGGCCGCCGGUGCCGUGCAGCCAGAAGAAAAGAAGGGUGUCUUCCAGGGUGUCUCCGACUCUGCCUCCAAGGGCAAGGACGACGCCACUGGCAAGUCCAUGUCCGAAACCGCUGGCGAAUACGUGGACGCUGCCAAGAGCAAAUUAAACGACGCUGCCGAGUACGUUAGCAAAUCGCUACACGGCGGUGACGAAACCAAGUAA